CGCGGCGGGGUGCGCCGGAGCCGUCGCCUCAGGUUUAGCCCAUGCGGAGCAUAUGAGUGGGACUGAGUCAAGAGUCGCCUCGAAGCAUGGAGACUGUGGUGAUUGUUGCCAUAGGCGUGCUGGCCACCAUCUUUCUGGCCUCAUUUGCAGCCUUGGUGGUGGUUUGUAGGCAGCGCUACUGCCGGCCCCGGGACCUGCUGCAGCGCUAUGAUUCCAAACCCAUUGUGGACCUCAUUGGUGCCAUGGAGACCCAGUCUGAGCCCUCUGAGUUAGAGCUGGAUGAUGUCGUUAUCACCAACCCCCACAUUGAGGCCAUUCUGGAGAACGAGGACUGGAUUGAAGAUGCAUCGGGUCUCAUGUCCCACUGCAUUGCCAUCUUGAAGAUUUGUCACACUUUGACAGAAAAGCUGGUUGCCAUGACAAUGGGCUCAGGGGCCAAGAUGAAGACUUCAGCCAAUGUCAGUGACAUCAUUGUGGUGGCCAAGCGCAUCAGCCCCAGGGUGGACGAUGUUGUAAAGUCAAUGUACCCUCCGCUGGACCCCAAGCUUCUGGAUGCACGGACAACUGCCCUGCUCCUGUCUGUCAGUCAUCUGGUGCUGGUGACCAGGAAUGCCUGCCAUCUGACUGGGGGCCUGGAUUGGAUUGACCAGUCACUGUCAGCCGCUGAGGAGCACUUGGAAGUCCUUCGAGAAGCAGCCCUGGCUUCUGAGCCAGAUAAAGGCCUCCCAGGCCCUGAAGGCUUCCUGCAGGAGCAGUCUGCAAUUUAGUGCCUUUAGGCCAGCAAGGCCAGCCAACUGCUGUCCUUGGGUGGCUCAGCUGAGCCUGCCAGUUUUUCUUGUAGAGUUAGUUGUUUGUCCGUGGCUCAGGAGUCCAGCAGUGUGUGCACAGUGGAGCUAGAGAGCCUGUUGGUUGAUGCCUCUGUUGCAAUUUCCAGUUGUGGCUGGUGAGUGGCAGUCUAAGACUGCAGUUAGGGGAGAUGUCCCUCACCAUUUGUAUGGCAGAGCACUGCAAACUGGUGGAUUGUCAGCUUUAUUUAGCUCACUUAGUAUUUUCAAAAACAUUGAACCAUCAUCUCAGAAAUCAAGAGAUUUUAUAUUAAAAUCAGAAUCUCUGGCUUCUCUUGAACAAUCAAAAGGUGUGGCAGUUCUGAUCUGCAUUUUUAAAAGAGGACAAUCAAUUAGAACUAAGUAGCGAUUGCCUUUUUUGGCAAAACUUGUACUCUCUCACCUGGCCUGUUUCCUGUAUCCUGCUGCCUGGUCCCUGAAGCAUGCAACUCCCUCUCCCCCCUGACAGGUUUGGGUUUGAAGCUGAGCACUGCAGAGUUGAUUAUUUCCUUUUUAUCAUUAUACCUAUACUUUUCUAGCUACUAUUAGGUGGGUAGUAAAUUUGUACUUAUAUUUCCCU